AGGCGGCGUCUUCCCGCCGGACCUGAACUGCAAGGCGGCGCCGGCCGCGGUCGCCCUGGACGCGCGCAGGGGCGGCCCGCCGCCGCAGCUCCGCGAGCGCGCCACGGGCCACGCCUCGGCCGCGGAGGCGUUGGGGAGCGAUUGGAAGAUGACCACGGACAACCUCAACAAGCUCGAGUCGCAGAAGACGGAAGACAGCCCCCCCGAGACGGGCGACUCGCUUCUGCAGGAGGCCAGCGAGCACGGCCGCCGCGCGGGCCGGCAGCGCACCGCGGGAGCGGAGGCCGGCGCGUUCCUGGCGCCGUAGGCCUGAGAGUAGGGGUCUCCCCGGCCGCGGAGGCCUGGUGAGCGUCGCUCCCAGACCCUCGGGGAACCCUCUCCUUCAUGCCAAGUGCUGCGCCCUCAUUGAGCGCGAUGGCGUUCCACGGAUCUGAUGUUGCCACACGGCGUACACGCCGGCUGCAGCAGUGGUCACGAGCGCGCAGUGUCGCAGAGGUUUCACAGUGUAGCAUGACUUUUGUGCUUCCUUGUUUGAUGCUGCUCGCCGCAGACAAAAGCGGCAAUCCUUUCCUUCCUUCCUCCUCUUGCUGCCCGCCUCCCC